AUGGUCCAGUGGCUCGCCAACCCCACGACGCACGCCCAGCGUACCACCACCACCCCCCGCGAUGCCCUCCUCGCCAAGCGUCCCGCCCGCCGCGGCUAUUCCGUCACCGACUUCCAGGGCGAUGCCGUCCCUUUCGAUAUCCUCGCCGCCUUGCAAUCCGUCUCCCUUGGCGGCGGCUCCACUACCACGCCCGUCACGCCCUCACCGUCUUCCUCCUCCUCCUCCGCCGCGCACGUUCCCACCGAGGCUAGCAUCCCCGAAAACGCCGUCCUGCUCACCGCCUCCUCCACCACCGCGUCGUCCUCGGCGGCGGCUGCGGCUGCGGCGGGGCGGAGGCCAGAGUUGAAAAAGAAGAAGCCCCCGCGGCGAUCUUACUCGGCGACGGACAAGGAGCCUGAAGACGCCGUGCUCGCACCCAACCAGCCCCGGCCGUCGCCGCACGCUGCGCCCGGCGUCGUCGGACUGCUCGACCUCCCGCCCGAGCUCCACUACGCGCUGCUCGACUUUCUCGACCCCAUUGAUGCCGUGUGCCUCGGGCUCGCCCACCGCCAGCUGUACACGAUUCACCGCCGCAAAAAUAGCCGCGUCCCGCUGAGCAGCCGCUACGACGGGCCCAACGAUUUGGAGUGGGUGUGGCGCGGCGUCCGGCAUCAUCUGAAUCACCGCGGCAACAGCAGCAGCAGCAACAGCAGCAGCAGCAGCAGCAGCCAUCGUCGUAAACUGGAACAGACGUCGUCGUCGUCGUCGCGAGAUAAUGAUGACCCCCCCGCCGCGGCGCUCGACAAGCUCCGCGUCAAGGGCCAGGUAUACUGCCGCAAGUGCGGCAUCGCUCGCUGCGAGCUCCACCGCCACAUUAGGAGCUGGAUGGGCGACGGCUACCAGUACUGCGAGAUUACGGAGCGCUUUGGCCGACCGGCGCCCGACGGCGCCAAGUCGUACUGCUUCAUGAGCUCACCAAAGGACAGGCGCCGCUGCGGCAGGCACAGCGCGCUGAAAGCCAGCAGCAGCAGCGGCAGCGGCAGCCCAACGGCAUCAACAACGCCCGCGACGACACCACCCGCGGUGGACGCGUCUACAACGACGCUGUGGGCGUGA